AUGGAUGUUUUUCGCCAAGUGUUUGAAGCAUGCAGAAGGCAUGCUUCUUAUGGCUUCGUGUGCCUCUAUGCGCAGUCGCUGUGGGGAGUGGCAGAGGCCCUCGCAGGCACAGAUUUGUUCGGUGGUAUGCCGCGCCAGCCGCCACCGGCAUACGUGACCUGGACAUUGGACAUGGAACAGGGAGAAGAAGCAAAACCAAGAAGAGAGAGGAGCACGGCACAGACUACUGAAGAAGCAGGAAACGGCCACGAGGCCUCCCUGCAGCAGGAGUGGGCGAAAGAGCUAGUACAGGCUAUUUUCAGCCGUUCUGUUGGCAUUCUUUCUGGUUCGACGUGGCACUACGGCACUGCAGCAGCAGCAGCAGCGGCAGCUGCUACUGCACGCCUUCUGUGCUGUUGCGCCGCACUUCCAGUAACAGAAGAGCACCAGAAGAUACUGAAGAGCAUUCUGAUGCAGCCGCCACCGGGGCAGUUCCAUAUUAAGCAACAGAUGAUGCCUGCAAAGACAACAAAGUCGCAGCCUCGUCGACCAACUGCACGCCUAUUGUGGAUGUUGAAGCCGAGGCUGCUUCUGCAGUUGCUGCUAGUCGAGCUGCAUCAAUGGCAGCUGCAGCAGCACGAGAAAGCCAGAGAUUUUGUCUUUGGUGGAACUCUUUGUGGGGCGCUGAGAAGACAUCUACAGGAGCUUAGCAGUGCGCUCAGUGCAUAUGUUGUGUUGCUGAGCCACUCUAUUUGCUGCUUGCUUGCUGUGCUUUUUGGCUCCUUGAUGUUUCUUCUGCCUUUUGCUGUUUCUCAGUUGCCUUCUGUCGUUAUAACUGGGUAUAUUUGCCUGUGGAUGCCACGUGCUCAUGUCGUUCUUUGCAUGCAUUGCUUCAAGGUACUAGACUGCGAGUCGUGCCUCUUCUCUUGUCGUUUCUCCGUGCUUUCCACAGCCGAAGAUCUGCUGUCUCUUUUGGUUGCAUUGCAUGCGACCGGGUUGCCUCCUCGACAAGCAUUUCCUUGGUGUCUGGACGCGGCUAUCGGCAAGGACGCAAGCAGCUAUACUUGCACGGUUGGAAGAGCACGACCGGAGGAGACUCCCACUGCCGCCCGCAACAGAGCGCACGCGCACAACACCCUCACGACUGCGCGUAAAGAAUCUGGCUCUUGUGAAGCCAACAGAUAG